AUGUCCCCCUCUCCUCGCCCCUCCCUCCCUUUUCUGGAAAAGUACGCGAAGAUGACCAAGACCUCCUCCCCACCUGCCCCUCUUCCUCUUCCUCAGUCCAACUCGGAUCGUCAGGAUCAGGCGUCUGCUUCUUAUGGGGCCCAUCAAUAUCAACAACAGGGACAGCAACUGCCGAGGAGUUCUAGCCACUACCAGAGGGAGCAGAACGAUUAUUUCACGCCAAAGGUACCAGCAGAGGAUCGAUUCGCUGUUGCUGCAGCCUUUGCAGCUGCCACGGCUACAUCUGCCCACCAGCCACAGAACCGACAGAGUCAGUCUGUUGUUCGGUCCUAUGCCGCUCCUCGCGCCAAUACACCCACCGAAUCUACGGCGUCUUCAACUUCGUACUCGUUGCCCAACUCCUCAUUCCCUUCCAGGACCUCACUGUAUAACCAACCAGCCGUGCCUCAAAAGUCAAGGGCACGUACUCCUUCCAUGGCCUCUGUCCAUGCAAUUGGAGGGCAAGGAAACCAAGGAUAUGACUACAACAGACGGAGCAAGAGUUCUCUCAGCAACAACACUGACCAGUCACUUUCUGCAUCUUCAGAUGUCAUCAGUCGGGAUCGUGAACGCGACAGGAUCAGGGAGAGAGCGAACCGCUCGGCACCACCUAUCCCGGAGUAUGGAGCUCAGUAUAGUCAUCAGAUUCCAACACCCGCGGCCCCUAUGCCUGUCCGCUCUGGUUCUAGCGCUUCUGUUGCUUCAGCUGUGAGAGAGCGGAAAGCCAAUAGGGGCAGAUCGAACACUAUGCUCUCUGAGCAGUCGGAGAUUACACUGCGCUCUGAGCCGAUUCGAUCGAGAGCCCUGGAGAGCAACACCACUACUACUGCUAGCGACCGAUAUGGACGGUCUGAGCGUGAACGUGCACGCGAACGAGAGAAGGAGCAACCACUGACUCCUUCCUCGUCACGAUCUGAAGGAAGGUCCCGUCGUCUCCAGGACGCUGCGUCGGCUUAUAAGACACCCUCACCUCCAGUCUCUCUCAGAGGCGAUGACGGUGACAAUCUCGCUACUGUGGUCCCUACCAAGGGUUCUGCCUACCGCCCACCUACCCCUCCCGAGAUUGCAUCUCCCAUUCCUACUCGUGGGAGAAGACCAUCGAUUGCUCAGCCAAGUACCCGCAAAGGGACCGGAGGAUCAGACCAAUUCGAUGCCCUGAUGGAAGAUCUCCUCCAACAGAUCGACACCCUACCAAAAACGUCCUCUCCUUCUCUACGUAACUCGACUCGCAACUCUACCCGCGACUCGACCCGUCGUUCGCGAUCUCGGUCAUUGGCUCCCGAGAACGGCGGUCGGAACCUUAUGCUGAUGGACGAGCAUUCCGUUGCACCUCCCAUACCUCGAUUGCCUACCUUGCCGUCCAGCAACAACAGUAAUAAUAACAGUGACAUGAUCAUGGGUGGUCCUAGAUCGGAUAGUCCGAGCACUGCUUCCACGCGGAGUCAGCAGCGGAGACUGGAGCGUGAGAGGAGUGAGCGGCCUGCGCUGUCUGCGCGGGAGAAUGGCAGUGGUAGUCCUCGACCUCGCCGUGAGAGGAGCGAUAGCAACCGCGACCGUGAGAGCAUUCGGGACCGUGAUAAGACCCGUUCGUCAUCAGCUUUGAGCUCUCGUAGUCGAUCAGCACACCCAUCGUCUUCUUCUAAUGCUACACCUAUUCCUUCUCAGUCCGAGAGAAUCGGUGGAGGAAGCCACCCCUGCCAAGGAUGCCAAUACGAAAUCCAUUCCUCGGAAUCCGAUCGAUCCAUCAAGAUGGACCGUGUAGGCGACUUCCAUGCCGAGUGCUUCAAAUGUACUCGAUGCAGGAAUACCCUCAACUCUGCUCGUCAUGCGCGUGAAUUCGAAGGCCGCCUUUACUGUGAUAAGGACUACUCCCGGAUGGUCGAGAGGGAGAAGGAGAAGGAGAAGUUGAGGAUUCAGCGGCGGCGGCUUCCUACUUGUGCGGGGUGUGAUGGGUCUAUCCACUCGGAUGAGACCACCGUGUAUGCUUUGGGACAGACUUGGCAUGAUCACCACCUGCAGUGCUACCACUGCCGCAAACCCAUCGUCCAACCCUCCAACGGCAGUGGUCAACCCGGUCACGUUGAGAAGAACGGUCGUGUCUAUUGUUCCGCCGACUUUGCAGACCUCUUCCUGCCCAAAUGUCGUGGGUGCAACAAGCCCGUCGAGAAGGAAGCUGUCAGUGCGCAGGACGGCAAACUGGAGGGUAAAUGGCAUACAGCCUGUUUCGGAUGCCAUACCUGCCAACGCCCCUUCCCCGACAAGUCCUUUUACGUCUUUGGAGAUGCUCCUUAUUGUCGACGCCAUUACCAUAAGAUGAACAAGUCGCUUUGCAAGACUUGUGAUGAACCCAUCGAAGGCGCCUGUGCCCAAACCGUCGAGGGAUGGAGAUACCACCCGACCUGCUUCUCGUGUGCAGAAUGCCGGACCCCAUUGGCAGAUGUCUACUACAACUUUGAGAACAAGGCCUACUGCGAACGCGAUAUCGCCAUCAUCCAACGCACCCGUAAUGUCCGCGCUGAACGCCGUCGUACCUUCUUUAGCAAGGUCUAA